CAUCUUUUUACCUGAAACCGUAUUAACGAUUUAAUAUAGAUUUCGGAAUUUCUGACCACCCCACCCCACCAGAACUUCUUCACGUUUUGAUCUUUCCCCGUCGAAUUCCCUUAAUCCUUGUCAUCUUGUUUUUCUCUCUCUCUACCAGGCUUACCUUUUGUUGGGCAUCUCUGGUUUUCAAAGGUUUUGAAAUCAUAAGCUGUAUAUUGCUUGGUUAUCAAUCUUGCAGGCCUUUAUUGAUUGUACAUACUAAAGCAUUGUUUUAGAUCUCGGAACAGAGCUCGAAGACCUAUUGCAGCUCCAUGGCCGAAGGAAAGCUCAAAAUUCUCGACGACCUCCUCUCGUCAGAAUUGGGCAACCAGCAAUGGACCGACAAACUCCCUUCAGACCAGGCACUAUCAGAGAACAACAUUCCUCUGUCUCCCCAGUGGCUUUAUGCUAAAUCAAGUGAGUUGAAGAUGGACAAUCCUACUGAAUCUAGUCAGAAGGAGGUUAUUCUGCAUUUGGAUGGUUCUGAGGAGAUAAGGGAGCUGAGGAGAAUAGCUCCUGAGUCCGAGAGUGUCCACUGUUGGCGUGAGGAAGAGAGGCACACUGGAUUUGUUGUGAGAAAAGAUCGCAGGAAGAUCGAGUGUCAUACUGACAGUUCGGUAUCAAUCAAAAAUAAUAAUACAUCUUUUCUUCCUGAUAGAUGGAUUGAUAUUACCGAUUGCAAUUCUGGGAAUGACACCAGGCGGGAUGGGAAGUGGACAUCAAGGUGGGGCCCGGAUGAGAAAGAAUCUCGGCUUGAGAGGAAGACAGAUGUAGAGAAAGAAGUUAGUUAUUCUGAUAACCAAUCAGUAGCAGGUAGCAAUCGUAUUGGGAGUGAAGCAGAUUCUCGUGACAAGUGGAGGCCUCGUCAUAGAAUUGAGUGGAAUUUUAAUUUUUCCAGCUCCCAUCGUGUUGCACCUGGAUUUGGGGAGAGAGAAAGAAUGAAGGAAUCCAAAGUGGGGUUUAGUUUUGGGAGAGGAAUGUCUAGAGGGGCUGCAAUAAGACCAUUAGGUGCUUCUCAUUUUGAAAGAAAUGAUUGCCUUCCUGGAAACCCAGGAUUUUCAAUUACUAUGUUCCUCUAUCCAAGAGGAAAGCUGCUUGAUAUCUACCGGAGGCUGAAACUGGGGUCAUCCCUUGCUACAGUUCCUGAAGGACUGGAGGACGUGCCUUCAAUAACACAAAAUGCUGUGAUCCAACCAAUGUCUUUUGUUAAACCAGAAGCAGAAGAGAAGGCUGUACUUGACGAUAUUUAUAAAGGCAAUAUCACUGGCAGUUCGGUAAAUCAAAAUUCAUUUAGGAAAAGCAGUUCAACGGAUAGUGGGACAGAUGUUAGAGGCAAUCAAUCCAUUGAUGAGAAUCUUCUGUCUUCUGUGAUGGUUGAAUCAAACAUUGAUUCUGUUGUAGAAUUUGCAAAUGGUCUUCAAAAUGAUGUUCAUGGAACAGAGGAAAAUGACAGAUCCAGGGUGAAUUUUGCAAAUGAGGGAGAUUAUCACCAUCUUGUGUCAGAUCAUCAAGCUCCGGAUGUGUCCACCACAAUGUACAAGGAUCAACCAAGACCGAUGAUUGGUGCUAACAAUAGUCACAACAAGAUUUCUGGUGAUAGCAAUUUGAAGCUUCCAGAUGAUUCUAAUUGUGUCUUUCUUUCUUCAUUGUCCGAGCAACAUUGGGAUAGGAAUCUGAGUGAUUCUAAUGCUGGUCAAUAUAACUUGAUCAGCGGGUUACAACCAGAAGAACUGAGUUUGUACUAUCUUGAUCCUCAAGGAGUGAUUCAGGGACCCUUUGUUGGGGCUGACAUCAUCUCAUGGUAUGAACAAGGUUUUUUUGGGACAGAUUUGCCAGUUCGAUUGGAAGAUGCGGCUGAAGGAUCACCUUUCAUGGAGUUAGGUGAGAUUAUGCCACAUCUCAAAAUUAGUGAUCAUCACUCCAAUAGCAACAAUCGUCUUACAACAAAGUAUGAGCAGCUUGGAGGGUUUGAGGAGAAAAUGAAGACGAGUUCAGUUCCUUCCCCUCCUAUGGCUGAAUUUGUUGGUGCAUCUGGUUUGGUUGAUCAGAAUUGGCAAUUGUCUGGUCUUCCAAUGCAUCAUCAUCCACAACCAGGAGUGCCUGAGAAGGAAGGUCAAUAUACACUCCAAUUCCCUGAAGAUAAGAAUUUUCAAGGCAAUGUUGAUGAAGAAAUUGUUUUCCUUGGAAGACCUUCUAGUAGUGGGAAUGCUGUUCAGAAACCUUCUACAAGUGAUAGCAACUCUAUAGCUAAUCCAUUGGUUAAUAACCCCUUCCCAUGUGUGUAUAGAGAGGCAGACCCGUUAACACAACUGAAUGAGAAUACACUACAUCCUUUUGGGUUAUUGCGAUCUGAGCUAGAAGGCAAUAAUUACAUAAGGCAGGAUCAGACGGACAUGCCUAACUUCUGCAGUAUUAAUGACUCGGCUCUUGUUUUUGAUACAUUUCCUGAUGUUUAUAGAAGAAAUAAGGUAGGUGUACCAGAAUUCUAUGAAGACGGCAUUGAUGCUCAUCGAGCAUCAAAUAUAAACGAACUUGACAUUUUUGAUGCGGCAAUGUCACAUCGAUUACAACAGCAAAAUCUGCAGCAGCACAAUGUACUGUCUCCUUUUGUCCAUGCAAAUGAAUCAGUUAUGGAACGAAUUCCAAUCCGGGAUUCUUUUCACCAUCAAAGGUUUGGUAGCCAAGUGGGGCAAGACCUGGAUCAGCUUUUGGAUUUACAACAUCAGCAACGGCAUUUUCAGCUUCAGCAGCAGUUACGGCAGCAGCAGUUGUGGCAGGAGCAGCAGCAGUUGCAUAAGCAACAAAGGCUUCAACAGGAACAUCAGUCUCAGGCACGUCAACUGUUGCUUGAACAAAUGAUGAUGAGCCAAAUUCAUGGGGUUGGUCAUGUACAGAGACAUGAAACUACUCUUGGACCUAAUAAUACCCUUGAUCAGGUCUUAAUGAAUCAGAAAAUUCUCCACGACCUACAAAAACACACACGUGUUCAAUCUAAGCAUCCUGAACCUUCUCUUGAGCAUCUUAUUCAAGCGAAAAUUAAUCAAAUGCAACAUCAGGGUCAUCAAAAUGAUCUAUUGGAGCUUGUGUCACGGGCAAAACAUGGACUACACCAUCCCAUUGAAAACCCUAUGAUUCACCAAGAACAUUUGCAUGGAAGGCAGUUGAGCCUAGGAUUAAGGAAUCAAAUGCAGAUGGAAGGAGGCGGACGAAUUCUACCUGUCUGGUCUUCUGAAGAAACCAACCAAUUUCCUAGGAAUUCUGCUGCCACACACAAUGGUCCAUUGGAAUAUUUUCAGCGGCAACAAAUGAGUCACACUGAAUACGAUCUUUCCCUCCGAGAUCGUGUACAUCAAGGUCAAUAUGACCCUCGGUUAAAUGCUUAUGUGGAAAAUGCAUUGGCACGAACUGAACAUCUAGAUCUUCAAGGAAAAUAUGCACAAAGGCAUUCUUCGGUUCACUCAGCUGGGUUCUCCCAAGGAAUGCAACUCAGAGAUGAGUUUCACACUUCUCAUGAGAACCGAGGGUUAGACAACAACGCUAGAGUAGGAAAUGACAGGAUAGGACUCCACUUUCAACAAUUUCAUUUUAAUACAGAGUGGCAGAACAGGGAGAGAGAAAGUAACCGGAACUCUGAAGAUCCGAGGUCUUGGAUAUCAACAGGAACAAAUGAUGAUGGUUCAAAGAGCUUACUCAUGGAAUUGCUUGGUCAAAAGAAGGUCAGCCACCAAGCAAUUGACCAAUCAGAGUUGAGCACUAUGAAACAAUAUGAAAAAAGAGCUUUCUCUAGCAAAAUAAGUUCUUGUGGUUCUGAUUUAGCUGGAGCAUCAAAUGUUUCUGUUGCUGAUGACAAGGCAAUUUACACAAAUCUGGAUAUGGUAGGCCUUUCAUCAUCUGAAAGAGACUUUGAUGAUGUGGAUAUCAAGAAACAAGGAUUUAAAAGUGAGGCCAGCCCUGCUUCAGAGAUUUAUCAUGGUAUUGCUUUACAAGCUGGGUUACCUACUAAAAAUCACUGUGAAAAGGCAGUUAACAUCAUUAGCAGGCAUAACUCAUUAGUAUUUUCUGGUAGUAAUGCAGACUUUUACAAUGACCUGACGACUUCAUCUCACUCUUUCACAGAAGAGGUUACUAAGGAUCGGAUACCAGCUGAAACGAGUAAAGGAGGAUUGGAGAAUCUUCUUCUACGACGUCCAGCAGUCUCCAGGGUCUCCUCAUCAUCUGUUGGAAGUUUGUCUGAGUUUGCCUCCAAUCACGCACCUUCUUUUGAAGGUGGAAGAAUUGAGUACGUAGUAGAAAGAAGAAGAAAUAAGGCAUCAGAAUCAGGAAAUCCUUCUUGUUCUAGGAAGGAUGUAGGAUUUAGAAGGACAUCAUCUUAUACUGAUGGUGAUUCUGCAUCAUUUAGUGAGAUGUUGAAGAGCAAUGCUAAUCAUAAUAACAAGCUGCAUGGAGAAGUUGGUUUAGAGGCUGCUGAAGGGAAAGCAGUAAUUGGUCAAGGUGGGAAAAAGAAAGGAAAGAAAGGCAGACAAAUAGAUCCGGCUCUACUUGGCUUCAAAGUCACCAGCAACCGAAUUUUGAUGGGCCAGAUUCAGAGGCCAGAUUAUCAUCAUUAUUAA